AUGUCGGAUAUCACAACGACCCCAGCCUGGAUCCUAACGGGCCAGAACGGCCCUUCGUCCCUCGAAUUCGUCGAUGCCUUUGAGCUCCCGCCGCUCGGACCAAAUGACGUUCUCGUCUGCAUCCACGCCGCCGCGUUGAAUUACCGCGAGUUGGCGAUUGCGGAGGGCAAGUUCGGCCUCCCCCUCACACCCCCCAUAACCCCCUCCUCCGACGGCGCCGGCGAAGUCCUCAAAGUCGGAAGCGCAGUAUCAACCUUCAAAUCCGGAGAUAAAGUGGUCGCGCAUCUCACCGUUCACCAAGGCGACAACGAGCCGGCCACAUUUGCGGAUAUCGGUGCGGGCCUGGGACAAGGCGUUCACGGGACGUUGCGGAAAUACGCGGUUUUGCACGAGACGAGUCUGGUGCAUAUGCCGAAGACGCUGGGGUAUAGGGAGGCUGCGACACUGACGUGCUCGGGGUUGACAGCUUGGAAUGCGCUUUUUGGACCGGGGCUUGCCGCUGCGAAGACGGGAGUUGUCGAUGUCGGCAAGGCGCUGGAGGGGAAGUAUGUGCUUGUCCAGGGGAGUGGAGGGGUUAGUGUUGCUGCUUUGCAGUUCGCCGUCGCAACCGGCGCAACUGUCAUCGCAACGACCAGCUCCGAUGCCAAGGGCGCAAGGCUCUCCUCCCUCGGCGCGCAUCACAUCAUAAACUAUAAGAUCACUCCCAAUUGGGGCGAGGUUGCGAAAUCACUUACGCCAAACAACCGCGGAUUCGAUACAGUCGUCGACGUCGGUGGUCCCUCGACCGUAGCACAGUCGCUCAAGGCCGUGAAGACGGAUGGACUCGUUGCGCUGACUGGGCUACUUGGUGCGUCCGAGAAUGUUCAGGUACCGUCCAUCAUGGAUGGUCUGACGCAUCUUUGCACCACGAGGGGAUUCUUGUUAGGAACGCGGGAGCAGUUCAGGGAAAUGAAUGCUCUUAUUGAGGAGAAGGGUGUUAAGCCUGUGGUAGAUGAGCGGGUCUUCACAUUUGCUGAGGUGAAGGAGGCGUAUGAGUAUCUGGAGCAGCAAAAACAUUUUUCGAAGGUUGUUAUUGAUGUUGAGUGA